AUGCCAGUCAAGGGAAUCAAGACGGUCACCGCCGCUAGAAACGGAGUCGGUGCAUUCAUCUUACAAUGCAAACGCCUUGAUUUCCACUACUGUAACUACGGAGGGAGCUCCCGUGGGAUGCUAGCCUUCAUCACCCAGAACCUUCCCAAUUUUGCCCGCGAGAACCCACAGAUCGAGAUUCGUGUGUCUCCACGACCUUCAAAGCACCCCGUUAUCCGCGGACACUACAUCAAUGGUCGAGAGAAAGCCAUAUGCGUACGCAAUCUCGAGCCGAAGGACAUUUUGUCCAAAACUAUGAUUCUCAAGGACGCCAGUGGUGAGAAGUUGAAGGCCCAGAAGAAGCCCGUGACGAGUUUGAACGAAAGCGUGCGUGGAAUUUGGUCACCCUACCACGGCGAUCUCCGUGGCGUGUAA